UUUUUUAAUCCCACAUGAGGGGGUGGAGCCCCCGCCGAGAGGAGAGUGAAAAGCUCUUAAACAGGACACCUUCAGCAAGAAGGCAGAGCAGCUUUUCUACAGCUCUUUUGCUUUGCUUUUGACAAAGAUCGACUAACGUAAAGAUGGCGGGCCCUUUCACACGUCUAAUCUCUGGCCGCAACACGGCUGUGCUGCUGGCCAGCCUGGGCGCAGGAACGAUGGCUACUGGCUUCUUGAUGACCGAGAACAACUCCCUGGUUGCCGAGGCGAAGAAGAUGCUCUAUCCACCCAGCUCUGAUUUCCCCGACCUGAGGAAACACAACAACUGCAUGGCCACGGCUCUGACUCCGGCCGUUUACGCCAAACUGAGGGACAAGCUCACCCCCAACAACUGGACCCUGGACCAGUGCAUCCAAACUGGUGUGGACAACCCCGGACACCCGUUCAUCAAGACUGUGGGCUGUGUGGCCGGAGAUGAGGAGAGCUACGAGGUGUUUUCUGAACUCUUUGACCCCAUCAUCAAGGACAGACACAACGGCUACGACCCCAGAACCAUGACACACCCAACUGACCUGGACGCCUCCAAGAUCACCAACGGCGUGUUUGACGACAAGUACGUCCUGUCUUCUCGUGUCCGUACCGGUCGCAGCAUCCGCGGCCUGAGCCUCCCCCCGGCCUGCUCGAGGGCUGAGCGUCGUGAGGUGGAGCGGGUCGUGGUUAUGGCCCUGGCCGGCCUGAAGGGAGACCUGGCCGGACGCUAUUACGGUCUUGGAGACAUGACGGACAAGGAGCAGCAGCAGCUCAUCGACGAUCACUUUCUGUUUGACAAGCCCGUGUCUCCAUUACUCACCUCGGCCUUCAUGGCCCGAGACUGGCCUGACUCCAGGGGGAUCUGGCACAACAACGAGAAGACCUUCCUGAUCUGGGUGAACGAGGAGGACCACACCAGAGUCAUCUCCAUGGAGAAGGGAGGAAACAUGAAGAGAGUGUUUGAGAGAUUCUGCAGAGGACUCAAGCAGGUGGAGCAGCUGAUCCAGGAGAGAGGCUGGGAGUUCAUGUGGAACGAGCGUCUGGGCUACAUCCUCACAUGUCCCUCUAACCUGGGCACCGGCCUGAGGGCUGGCGUGCACGUCCGCCUGCCAAACCUCAGCAAGGACUCACGUUUCUCCAAAAUCCUCGACAACCUGCGGCUGCAGAAAAGAGGCACAGGAGGAGUGGACACAGCAGCGACAGGAGACACGUUUGACAUUUCCAACAACGACCGUCUGGGCAAAUCUGAGGUGGAGCUGGUGCAGCUCCUGGUCGAUGGUGUCAACUAUCUGAUCGAGUGUGAGAAGAAGCUGGAGAAGGGCCAUGACAUCAGAGUCCCGGCUCCCAUCACUCAGUUCAGGAAAUAAAAUCUGGACUCUUUGUGAUAUGGAUGUUAGCAGGAGGAGCAGCUCCCUCUGAUACUGACUGAAUGACAGUCAGUCCACCGCUACAGACGAGGAUGUUAUCUUUAGUCUUCUGGAAAUGGUUGUAAAAUCUUUAGGGUAACCUAAUCUUAGACAUGAUGUGCAGUUAGGGAAGAAAAAUUCUACCUCAAGUUAAGGUCUUCACUGUAACCCUGACUUCAAUAAAACCAAUACUAGUCAAAACGAUGA